UGAAGUGGGAGUGCUUCAAAAAAAGGCUGCGGGCGGGCCAUUAGUGGGGCUUAAGAAUAAGCACACGUGAUACCGCACUAUACAUAUAAUAAACAAUGGAAGAAAGAAUAUGCAACAAGUGACUCACGAUUGAAGCGAGAGAGAGAGAGAGCAAGUACGCGAGAGAAAAAUCUAAACACACACACGCAGAGCCGAGUUGGUGUGACUGAUAAAAACACUUGAAGACAGAGAAGUGCGGUAGUGAUUAACGAUGAGUGAAAGGAAAGGACAGUCUAGGCGAGGGGGCGCUGGUGGUGGUGGUAACGAGGCGGUGGUGAUGGAGGUUGAGGAGGAGCAGGUGUUGGGAAAGAGGGACAGAGGUGGUACUGUUGAACACACGAGGAAACUGACGGAUAAGGAGAGUGUUGCUCGGUCCUCGCCCUCCUCAUCCUCCUCAUCCUCUUCGUCUUCCGUUUCUUCAUACUCCAUCGUCACAACCUCCUCCUCCUCUUCCUCCACCACGCCUCCUCUUCGUCUUUCCUUCACCGACUCUCCCCUCCAUCCCACCCUCUCCUCUGUGGCUCCUCUUCUUUCUCCUCCUCCUCGCACAAGGGUAGAAGACUUGACCACUGCAAUCACCUCCACUUCUUCCUCCUCUUCAUCCACUAACUCCCUUUCUUCCUCGUCUUUCCAUUCCUCCACCACCCUUUCUUCCUCCUCUGCUACCUCCACUAACACCUCCACUUCUUUCACUUUCCCUUCCUUCACUCCCUCCACCUUCCCUUCUUCUGCCUCCUCUCCCUCCACCACCCCCGUCGCUCAACCUCCCUCGGUCUCGGGCAUGGAAAAGAAUGCAACCACAGUGAUAUCAUACCUCAGUGCCGCCGCCGCCUCCUCCGUGACACCCAAUGAAAACAACAGUCCCGUGACCUCACCGCCCAGCAGGGGAGGCAGUGAAGGCCCCCCGCCCGAGGCUCCCCCACCAGAGGCUUCAUCUCACGCCACAAAGACCACAAAGGAAAGUUGUAGUCCCGUUUUGCCCCUGACCUCACCAUCGCCCAAAGAAGAAGAAAGGCGACGUUUAUCAUUCCCCAGUAAGGAUAAGAGCCCGACAAAAUCAUCAUCCCACAACACAAAGGGGAAUGUUGGGUAUAGUUUGCAUACGACUUCGACUACCGCGCUGCCAUCACCGCUACUCAGCAAGGAGGAGAGCGUAGUGGUGACAUCUAUCGGGGAAGAAAGUCAUGAUUCGUCUGUUAACUCACCCAGCGCUGACGUGACAAGUAAAGCAAAGUUAGCUAAAGAAGAUGACAGAAUAACGCCUCCCAGUAAAGAAAUAAGCCCUGAGGUGUCCGUGAUGUCAACCAGCGCUGACGGAAAGGGUGAAGUUAUGAUGUCAGUGAAGGAGAAGCGUAACGGACCAUCAUCACCAUCAUCCCUGUCAUCACUAUCAGCAGCAGCAGCAUCGUUUCAAUUGAAGGGAGAAAGAGGCGGUUCUCAAGUCGAAUCUUCGUCCAGAAAGAGGAAAAGUAAAGCAUCGAGAAAAGAGAAAACAGAUCAUGCGUCCACCACCACCAAAAACAAGGAAGAAAAUAGCUCCACCUCCUUCACUGCCAACACGCAGAAGAGUGACGUGACGCAGACGGGAAGGAAACACGUAUCACCACCACCACCACCAUCACAGCCAGCACCAACCACCACGCAUGAGGAACACAGAGCAGAAACACCACAGGGAAAGGCAAAAAGCAAGGCGCCACCAUCUAACAAGGAAAACAGUUUAAGUUUCCCAGUGAGAUCACCACCACCACCAGCAACAGACGGCGAGGAAAAAGUCGAAAGCAAAUCCUCAGUGCCACACAAGGUCACCAGAGAGGUCGUAGUGGACAGGGAGGGGCAGGAAGCAAGGAAUCAAGACCCACUGGCACUUGAUGAAGCAGGAGGAGGACGUGGAGGAGGAGGAGGAGGAGACGUGAAGAGGGAGCCGGUGCCCUUCGUAAUUAAGGUCAAGCAAAGUGAUGGACGAAUAGUAACCCUGAGACUGAUGGGACAAGGUCAGGGGCCCCCGCAAUUCUACGUUCCACCGCCGCCUGGCCCGCCGCCCCAGACCUACGGGCCGCCCUACCAGCCCCCGCCGCCUCAGUACCCCCCCAUCAUGUCACCUCCUCUGGCGCAAACAGCUUCUCCACCUCCGCCGUUCAACCAGAAGGCCGAGCGACACCCCCGUCAGUGUGACAAGCCGACCCGCACCUCCAAGUACUACCCUCGACAGCCCCACCCCAACACCAAGUCUGGCAGCAGCAGUAUCCACAGCACCCCGCCCCUCUCGCCCAAGAAAGAACCCUUGCCCAAGAAGAAUGUCGGGGAGGAGGAGGUGCAAGGGGAGGAUGGUGAGGACCCACGCAACACCCUGCAACAUCUACUUUCUCAGGUCAAGCCCCCCAAGGUGGUGGAGGUGACGCCCCACAAGGCCAUCCUGCAGUGGGUGGCCCCGGACCUGGGCGGGCACCAGGAGGAGCUGGCUGUGACGGAGCUCCAAUACGAGGUCUUCCUGAACGACAUCCUGUACGACACCAUCUGCACCACCCAGCUCAGCAUCACCACCCUCAAGCCAGCCACCGACUACAGGGUCUUUUUGCACUGCCUGUGUGGGAGUGUGCGGGGGGAGUCUAGCGGAGUGACGUCCUUCCAAACAGAACCCACAGUGCCAGACGCCCCGCAGCUCCCGAAGAUGGGGCAUAAAUCGAAAACCUCUCUUCAGUUUAGGUGGACCACGAACCACCUGAAGGACAACGGCUCCCGGAUCACCGCCUUCAUCCUGGAGUUGUGCAGCGGCAGCGGGGAGUGGACGGAGGUGUACCGCGGCAAGAACAAGCAGCACACCAUAUCCAAGCUCCAGCCCAACACCCGCUACAAAGUCCGCCUGGCUGCUGUCAAUGACCUGGGCAAGAGUGAUUACAGCCCCGAGACUGUGGCCUUCACCAGCGGGGUGGUGCCCAGCCAGCCGCCUGCACCCACCCUUGAUUACGCCUCAGUCACUUACCUCAGUCUGGGCUGGUCCAAGAGGCCCACAGACGACAGCUACACCCUACAGAUGGAAGAUUCCCUCAACGGCUACGGCUUCCAGCCCGUGUACAAUGGCCAGGAGACCAGAUUUGUGUGCCAAGGACUGAGGAGAAAUACUUAUUACAAGUUCAGGCUGUGCGCUCACAAUGACGAGGGUUCAUCGCCAUUCUCUGAGGUUACUACGUAUCCUACGCUGCCUGACCGGCCCAAGCCCCCCUCGCCCCCCUCAGUCAAGGGUCGACCCAAGUCAUCAAGGCUCAUAGUCACAUGGGGUCCUCCUGUUGACAACGGCGGUUCUCAAAUCACCUCCUACAGGCUAGAGUUUGACCGCGGUUCAGGGUUUGAGUGCAUAUACUCCGGGGAGAAGAUGGAGGCCGAGUGCACCGAUCUGAGUCCAGGGAAGAACUACCGCGUGCGGGUGCAGUGCAAGAGUGCCGGAGGCAAGAGUGACUACAGCGAGGUGUCCACGGUGACCACCGAGGCAGUGUGUCCGGGCGUGUGUCACCCGCCACGCCUCUUAGGCAAGCCCAAGGCCUCCCAGCUGCAGCUGAAGUGGAUCGACCCAGAGUAUGACGGCGGCGCCCCCGUGCUGGAGUUCCACAUAGACAUGACCGCCCCCGACAACGAUCGCCGCCAGGUGUACUGUGGCCGCGACCACGAGUGCACCGUUGCCAGUCUCCUUCCGGGGCGACCGUACAUCUUCCUGGUGAGGAGCGUCAACCGUAUCGGGCCGGGACCCUGGUCUGAGCCCCUGGAGGUGGUGAGCGGGGCAGGGCCGCCGGACACCCCCCACCCACCCCACUUGGCCUGCCGCAGCCCCCACUCCGUACACCUGGUCUGGGAGGAGCCGAUCAACAAUGGGGCGGGGAUUGAGCAGUACAGCGUUCAGAUUGCCGAGGCCCGCUCUGCUCCCCUACAGGUGUCUUGUCCUCAUGCCGAGUCCUCAGAGUCCUCCUCGACCUGUGGUGACCCGGAGUCUGACCUGACCUUCACCAGCGCCUACACUGGAUCAGCCACCACCACGGAGGUGCGGAACCUGUCCCCUGCCACCACUUACGCCUUCAAAGUUUGCUGUAGUAACAGUGCCGGGGUAAGUGCCUGGUCAUCCCCCGCCACUGUCACCACUCCAGCAGCUCCCCCCGCCCCUGUGGCCUACAUCUCCUCCUCCCCCGCGGCCACCACCAUCACGCUGCUGUGGGGCGAGCCAGCCAACCACGGCGACCCAAUCACCCACUACGUCAUAGAGGUGGGCGACCGCACCGUCACCACCACGGGCCCGGAGACCGAGCACACCCUCACAGACCUGCUGCCAGAGACCCUGUAUAAGGUGCGUAUCCAAGCCAUGAACAGCGUGGGGCCCGGGGGUUUCAGUGCCAUCCACAAGGUGACCACCCGACCCCUGCCGCCAGCACCCCCGACCCUGGAGCUGGUCAAGGCGUCCUACAACUCCCUCAAGCUGAAGUGGGGUGAUGGGCGUAACCUGGAUAUGCUGACCUACUCCCUGCACAUGGAGUUCACUAACCCGCACAAUGGCAACAAGGAGUUCUACCAGGUGUACAGCGGGACCAACCAGAACUACAAGGUUGCUCGGCUUGAAGAGAACACCAAGUACCACCUCAGGAUCUGUGCCAGCAAUGAGGCCGGCACGGGACCUUUCUCCCCCAUCGCCUCUCUCUCCACCACCAAGGCUCCCCCGCCCCUCAUCAAAGCACCCCGGGUGACCGAGACACCCGAGGGCGGCCACCUGGUGGAGUGGUGCAGUGUGAGGUGUCCCGGAGAGGACUCCAUCAUGUACCGCCUCCAGAUGCUGCAGGCGGGCAAGGACCAGGACUACUCGGUGGUCUACACUGGCUCCGAGACCUCCCACACCCUCACUCACCUUGACCCUCACUCGGGCUACUAUGUGCGAGUGUGUGGCGUGCGUGUGUGCACCAACGGGGAGACCAUGACUGGGGCGUACUCAUCCCCAACCCUCUUCAACACCCCUAAGCCUGCCCCAGUCACCACCGUUAAACCAGCAGUGAAUGCCUCUCAGGAUGUUGGGUUCCAGUGGCAGCGGCUGAGUGAUCAGCAGAAGGCUGCCGUCAUCCUGGCCAUGUUUUCUCUGUUCUGCGCCUUCGCGGCCAUUGGGCUGCAUCACUUCGUGGCGCCCGACCACGGCCGGUAACCCAUCAUGGCUGCUAUCGUCACUGUGUUUUUAUAUUCUCUUUGAAGGUAACCAGAUUUAUCCUGCAGUGAAGAUAUUGGCUGAACCUGCCCACGGAUGGUGUGGCCAGCAGAGCCAGGUGGCUCGAACCCUGAGAGUAAAGUGGUACACUGCAACCCAAGUAUGAUUUACAAAUAUUUACAGGUAUAUAAUUUGCUUGUAUGAAUAUCUUUUUAUACAAAACCUUAGUUCCCUUUAUAAUGUUGAACUUUGGAGAAGACUUUUGGUACCCGUGUAGCUGACAGGGCUGUCACUGAAGCUGCCGCUGCGGCCCCCUUGUUCCGGCGCGGGAGGUCCAGUGACACCUCUAGAACCAUUAAGGCUGUGUGUGCACAAGUAAUGUUUACUGUCGUUGCCGAGUGUAUCACUGUACUCUCGUUCACUUUAUGAGGUGCUGAUUUUUGUGAAGUUGCGAAAAAAACCUGCUUCCCAAAGUGUAUUUUUAGCGGACAACAUUUUGCUUGAUACUCUGUGCUGUCUGAUGUGUUGUUUAAGAUGUUGUGAAAAUUAGUUUUAUAUAGUAGUCAGACUUGAUUUAUAAACCUUAAAAAGUCUCCAUUUGACGAAGACUACACUUUCUCUCUUCUCCAAGAUGUUCCGAGUAAAUUUGACUCACAUUCCGUGAACUGAAAUCUGCAUAUAGUCACCCGUUUCUAGUUUAAGUUCCCCAACUUUGUAAUAAUGGACCAAAAAUAGCUGCCACUGCUAGUUCUGUGUUUGUAUACCCCAGACGUACUUAGGAACCACACUGUCAUACAUAACCUUGCCAGCAGUCGUAAAACAUGGCACCUGGGUUCAGUUGAUCGGUCUCUUUGUCUAUGUUUCCACUGCCUCUGGAUGCUAAAUGUUGCAACACUGGUGCUCAAUAGUGGUUUGUGUGCUGCUCCUGUGCUCAAGUGGAUGGCUCACUCGUGGCUUGCAUCUGAUUGGGCUGCUACAUUCAGCUUUGUUAGGUAUCACAGUAUUUUUUCUUGUGCUUUAUUCCUGUUGGUGCAAUAAGUGGUGGAUAUAUUUCCAUGUCAACAGUAUUUAGCUCCAGGGCAUUAUAUUCUGUUAUGGUCAGGACGAAGAGCUGGCGUUCACGUAGGAGAGGAGGAGGAGGAGACGGCGAUGAGGUAAUAGGAGUUGGUGUAGUUAAUUGAUUCUUUUUAUGUAACUGGGGUAACACUUGACACUUUAAUCACCUCCUGUGCACUACUACACUAUUAUUAUUAUUAUUAUUAUUAUUAUUAUUAUUAAUGUUAAUAUAUUUUUUUAUGUUGACGAUUCCUUGGCUGGGUGUUAGUUACUGUUGCUCUCUGUGUGGUGUCUUUUUGGGUGUAGGGAAGGAGUGUGUUCGUUCGUUUGUUCCUCUACGUCGCCACUACCACCACCGCACACUCCUUCAGUCAGGGACCCUUUCUCCUGUGGAUGUGACGUCCCUCUUUCUUUUAUUCACUGCAAGUAUCGCAAGUAUCAUCAAGGUGACCAGAAUCGCUUGACUGUGGGUAGCAAUUUUUCCAAGGUCAGUUCCUGUUGGUGGGUUUUCAGCCAUCACUUUUUGUGUAGAACCACAUAUAUAUUUUUUUCCUGAAUUAAAGCGUCUCAAGUCAUGGAGUAGUGUGGAGGUCAUAGAGGUGAUGAUGAAAGUCGUAGGGGAAAGGACGAUGCUCCGAGUGUGGUUCCGAGCGCCAGCGGCAGCAGUCAGCUCGGCAGAUGUUCCACCGGGCGUUUGGGGAAGACAUAGGAAAUUACCGUAGGUGCGGCUGAGGACUGCCUCGGCCCGGGUGAGCUUAGAGGGUGACGAGGGGUUGGUUGUUAAUGUUGGGAGUAAUUCUUGAGGUGGUUGUGGGAGGACUGGUGCAGGCUGGUGGUGCUAGACUGUGAUGUUGUCCUGUGCUGAGGAGCCUUGCAAGACCCUCUGCUCCUGCUGGCGGCCUGAGGGAGAUGCCCGACAGGAGAGAAUAGUGUCCAAACUGUAUUUUGUAAGUUCAUAUACAUAUAUACAUAAAAUAUUCAGUAAUCAUAAAAGAUGGCAGAUUAUUUUAUAUGAAUCAAAAUAUAUUAUAAUGUAUGUAUUAGCUCUUUUUUAUCUGGUAUCAGUAGAGUGCUCUCCAGCAAAUGGCGCUUUGGUGUAUCGGGGUGUUUCUCUUGUCCCACUUGGUGUUGUGGCACGCUGUGGCCCACCCACAGGUGUGUGUGUGUGCGUGUGUGUGUACGUGUGUGCGUGUAUGUGUAGGGGUCACUCAGCAGUCCUUCAUCUGGAGGACCCCACAGUAAACACAAUCACAGGAUGAUCAUUCUAAACUUAAAAACUGAAGCUUCAGUUUGAGCACUGAAAUGCCUCUUUUUCUGUAAAUUUCAUGUUUUCAUAUUUUCCUGUAAAUCAUGACCUGAAUGAUAUUGGCUGCUGCCAGUGUCCUCCUUUAGAAGCUGAGAGCACACUCCAUGCAGCCAUCUUGCAGCCAUGAUUUGCAGAAAAGUGGUCAGGAUAACUCUUGAUAUGAAUAACAUAAACAGGACAAGGUAUUGGGUGUGACAGGACUGACAUGGAGGCAAGGCCCGUGAGGCGUUGAGUCUGUAUCAGCUUGUCUGAGGCAUCAAAAUUAGUAGUGUUGGGCAUUUCCACUGUGAUAUUAAGAGAACAUUUUGGAAGAUCAAGGAUUGUGUGGUUCGCCUUUGACAGCAUGAGGGAAGGGCUCUGAUGGCGCCCUUGAUGUUAAUGUAAAAUGUGCUUUUUCCUUCUGGGUGGAAGCCUUGUCUCUUGUUUUCCUUUUCCCCUUCCUAACAUCCAGGGUGUGGUAGACGAACGGCCCGUUGAGCCGAGUCUUAAUCUGGCGUACCAGUGAGUGCCACAGCUGCCAGGCCACCAGACUGAUGCUGGUGGAGAGAGAGAGAGUGAGGUAGAGGACAGGACCAAGCAUUAUCUAGGUAGGGGUAGUCCAUCACCUUGUUGCUGUUUUCUUCACUUUAGUUUAUUGUUUUGGCCCUCAAGUAUAUUUUUGGAUAUGUGACAUUAGCAUUCUAAGACUUAUGUAUCAUAAACUUGUGUAAGUAUAUCAUAAAAAUAUUCUUUAUACAUAAUAAUAUUAUAAGUAAAAAAAAUGUAUACUCUCAUAUUGCCUGCAGAUAUGAAUUAUAUUCUAUAUAUUA